AAAAAAAGGAAAAGAAAUACAUACUUAAAGGUGAGCAAGGCAUUUGAGGAUAUAUUUAGAAAAAUGAGGAAAAAUACAUUUUCUUGUAGUUAAAACUGUUUUCCAACUCUUUGAUGAAUAUACGGAGAGAAAAGCCAAUGCCUAUAUGAAUUGGAAGGACGUUUGGAAACAGAUACAUGAACUUUAUUUUUCUUUCUUGGCAUGUUACAUGUUACCGAAUUUUAUAAAGCGGGUUUUGUUUGUUUGACUUUUUGUUCUUUGUUUUUAAUAUCAUGGGGUCUUGACAGGGCUUUUCCUACGAAUUUUUUAAUAGUACUAGAUUACUUAUCUACAAAAGAUAAACUAUUAGUAGUAGAUAGUAGGUAGCUCAUUUUACUAGAAUAAAAUCUAGAGAUUAGAACUAAAGCUAAUAUUUUUAAUAGUAGAUAGAUUUGUUCUUGGAAGCCAUAGUUAAUGCAUUAAAAAUAUUUUAGUAAAACUACUAUUUAUGACUGUUUUUCUUCAUUAUAGUUGAGAAGACAGACAUCCUGCCAAAAUGAUUUCUUCAAAGCCCAGACUUGUCAUACCCUAUGGCCUCAAGACUCUACUUGAGGGACUCAGCAGAGCCAUUCUCAAGAACAGUCCAUCAAACAUCACUCAGUUUGCAGCAAUUUACUUUAAAGAACUUAUUACGUUUAGAGAAGGGAAUCCGUCUUUGGAUAUAAAAGAUCUGGUUAAACAAUUUCAUGAGAUUAGAGUAGCGAAGUUGUCAGAAGGAGAGACACAAGAGAAGAAAAAAGAAAGUGUAAAAGAACCAGAAAAAACAUCAGUAGUUUCUAAAGAACCUACACGGAUGGAAAAAUCAACGGACACAGAGGAGGACAAUAUAGGUGGAACAUUGUUUAACAACAAAGGCACCCAAUUUUCAGGUCUUGCUGAGCGUCUAGAACCCGGGCAGACACCUGAAGCAGCUUGUGGUCCUUCUUCCAAAUCAGCUACCCCUAAGACUGCUACUCCACCCUCAUCACCAUCUCCAGCAGGUGUCUCGCCAGAGUUUGCCUACGUCCCAGCUGACCCAGCUCAGUUUGCUGCUCAGAUGUUAGCAAUGGCAGCAAGCGAAGCAGGACAACCACCACCAUAUUCUAACAUGUGGACCCUUUAUUGUCUAACUGAUAUGAAUCAACAAAGUCGCCCAUCACCGCCACCUGCACCUGGGCCUUUCCCCCAAGCAACCCUCUAUUUAUCUAAUCCCAAGGAUCCACAGUUUCUGCAGCAUCCACCGAAAGUUACUUCUCCAACUUAUGUGAUGAUGGACGACAGCAAGAAGACCAGUGCCCCACCUUUUAUUUUGGUAGGCUCAAAUGUUCAGGAAGCACAGGAAUGGAAACCUCUUCCUGGACAUGCUGUUGUUUCACAGUCAGAUGACUUGAAGAGAUAUGCUGCAGUCCAAGUGCCCAUUGCUGUUCCUGCAGAUCAGAAAUUCCAGAAACAUAUCUUAAAUCCCCAGAAUGCUAGUCUUCCUCCAAGUGGACAAGAUGUCCCCAGACCACAAAGUCCCGUUUUUCUUUCUGUUGCUUUCCCAGUAGAGGAUGUAGCCAAAAAAAUUUCAGGAUCUGGUGACAAACGUACUCCUUAUGGAAGUUAUGGUAUUGCUGGAGAAAUUACUGUGACUUCUGCCCAGGUUCGCAAAGCAGAAACUUAAAACUGGUAGGUGAAUUUUCCUACCAUAAUAUGUGGGCCUUAACACACUUGAGGUUUUCAGCAUUUUGAUUUGUUGACCUGGAGAUUUGAGAUAUUAAAAAAAUUGAGAUGAUACAUAGAGUUGGGGUGUACGCCAGUUCGAUGUGAUUAUUAUCUCCAACUUGCUAACCACUUGUUACUCAUAAAUACACAGCAGGUGUACUGUACCACAAUGACUCACAUCAAGGAUUUGGUACAUGAAUCAAUGAACCAAUCAAUUCAGUCACCUGUGAAUACGUGGUCUGUUAAGUCUAACACCAUGGUAGAUGCUAAAACAUUGGAAUAAAAAAAGACAGUCUCUCUUUGGCAUAUUUAAGGAGCGGGGAGGAGCUAGGAACAGUUGGAGGACAAGGUGAGAGAGAAGUGCUGAUUAUAUCAUGGUGCACCUAAUUCAUGUGGUGAGACCAUAGAAUGGACAGUGUAUAAAAAUAUGUGAAGUACUGUGAAGAAAAGAAGGUACUGGCACAGGCCCCUUUAAUUGUCACUAUCAGUUUACAUUUACAGCCUCAAAUGUAAACUGACACAUGAGCAUGAGAAGAAAUCAGCCUUACAAAGAGCUCCCAGGCUGUGUCCUAGGGCAGGAAAGAGCAUAGGAGUUUGAGGGACUGCAGACCACAUGAAACUGGCUGGGAGGGGAUGGAGGGAGGAGGACACAAGAUGAAGAGGGAACCCCUGCAUACCAAAGAAAGAGAUUUAGGUUGAAAAUUCAGUGGGAAGCCAGCACAAGUAUCUUAAGCAGAAUGACAGAAGCAGAUUUUCUGUUUUUACUAGAUCCCCCUGGCUGCCCUAUGGAACAUGGAUUAGAAGUCAGGGGGAGGUCAAAAGAGGAAGCAAAGAGAUGAGUUAAAGAGUACAUUAAUACAAGAGUUAUACACAUAUGAGUUCAGUUACUUAAAACAAUUUGUGGGAACAUCGGAGAGAUGGAUAAAAGCGAGAUUUCAUUCAUAGGCUCAGGGACUACAGUUACUAUAUUUAAGGAAAGACAACUGUUUCCAAAAUAUCUUAGGGUUAUGUGUACUUCUUAAAUAUGGAUUUUGAGUGGAAUUGUCAAAAUGGCUGUCUUCAGCAUGAAGCUAGGAUAUUUUAGUGCAAAAGCACAGAUAACUAAGAGCUUAGUAACAGCAGGAGGGUAGACCUUGUAGUUCUGAUCUUCCACUUAUUUCAAAUGAUCAAUUUCAUGAUUGGAUUUAAAGCGUUUACAUUAUUCCUAACAGAUGCUGAAAGUGAUGCCGUUUGAGUCAACAUUCAAGGUGGAGUCUACCACCAAGUGUAUAUCAAUAAACUUCAUGCACGCAUAAAACCUUAUAUUGCUUAUUUUUAUAAUUUAGGAGGUAUACAAACAAUGGAACACAAAAGGCCUUAAAUCUUUUCAAACUUGUGAAACAAUAACAUUUUCCAAUUCUUAUGUAUAUGUAUUUUAAACCAUUUCCACUCUAACAGAUCUAGUCAAAUUUUCUAGCCAAGUAAUUCCCACUUAAUUCUAUAUUUAAGAUUCAUGCCAAAUGAAUACAAUAGUACUUCUCUGUGAUACUGUAUCUACCCAGAGAUGAUUAACUGAGUGCUAACUGCCUACUUUCCACUGUGCAUGCAAGGUAGCCGGUUAUCUUUUUGGCCAUGGGGGAAAGGGUCCCCACCCCUAGGCUGUGGACCUGCAUCAGUCUGUGGCCU